GCGAUGAACCUGAACGGGACUGCAACCCCCGCGGCGGAAGAGGAUGCGAAGGGCGACGCGGACGCGGAUGCGCCCGCGGAGGUGGACAACGAGAACGUGGGCGAGGAGUCGAUGCUGGCGGACGUGACGAUGUCGGAGGCGCCAUGAGCGACUGGCGCGCGCGUGCGUCGUCCGUCUACCACCCAAUGCUUCCUAUCACCCCGAAUCAUAUUGCUCUAUGCUAUGCUGCAUGUCGUCCUUCCUCGUGCACGUCGUGCAUGUUGUCCCCUUCGUACAUGUCUCUCUCCCUUCCCCAAUCUUGCUCUUCUUGUCUACGGCUCCCGUGCUGCGUGGGGCGUACGUGCGUUCUGAUAUCCUACUGCUUUUCUCUAUGUCCGUCCCCCCUCGUCGAACGCUGUAUGCAUGGUGUAGUCGAUUGCUUGAACUAAUCUCAAGUUUCUUUCCUUCCUAGAUGUCCGAGUGCGACCAAGUUGAAGGGUGCGGGUGAAGAUGGAGCAGCA